GGAAAAAUCUAAGAAACGUCAAACGUGUGAAGAAGGUCCUGAUUUACUACAAAAUUUGAUCGGGAAGUGUGUUAAAGAAAGGUUUCAGACCUUCCAUAAUAAAAAUGGGAGGAAGAAAAUGCCAAGUUCUAAAUUGCAAAUCCACAGGAGGGCCAAUGUUUAGUUUUCCAAAGUAUAAUCGAGACUACGAUCGUCUUUUAAAAUGGGUUUCAGUGUGUGGAAAUCCAGAAUUGCUUAAAAUACCGAAGGAGAAAUUGUGCUCUAAAAAUGUGUGCAAAAAACAUUUUGAAAUGAGUUCUUUCAUAUACAAAAGAAUAUCUAAAUCGGCUGUUCCAUCCUUGCAUUUGCCAGCAGCUUUGUGUGAAAAUAUAUUACAUACGAUUUUUCGCUCUGAAGAAAUAGAUGUAACGAGAGAAGCAAACAAAUUUAAAACAAUGGCAAAAUGGAUAGUGGAAGAUUGCGAAUUAAAUGCGUAUGAACCUCUGAAGGAUAAUUUUAUUUUGAUGCCGCACAAUUGAAUAUAGAGGAAGCUGCGAUUUAACCGAAAAAUAGAAGAAAAAACAUAGUUAAUUUUUGUUGUGAUUUUUUAAGAAGUGUAGAAUCUAAAGGGGUAUUAAGAUAAUUUUCGUCCGAUGAGACUCGAUGAAGUUGCUAGAUUUCUCAACACAAAUCUUGAAUUAUAUCAUAUUUAACAAAUUUUACAUAUCACAAAGGCUACAAAAAUAUAUUAAUAUGUUAUUCCACCUCGAAGAUAUAUACGCAAAGCUUUUCUAAACCCAAAAUCUUUGGAACUCUAUACAUCCAGUGCAUAUUAAAGCGACAUGAAACAACCAGGUCGUUGAAGAGUAUAAUUUUGUUAAAAUUACCUUCAAGUAAUGACUUUUGCAAGCGUUUAUUCGACUUCGUGUUUUACUACUUUACGAUUUAGAUACAUGAUAACCUCACUCAACUUGAAUUUGAGUCAUAAUAUCUCAUAUUAGAGUAUCGCUGAAAUGCCUUUUAUCUUAAUUAGUUCUAAUUGCUUCAUUUGUUAGAAGCAUUACAAAUACAUCGGAAUUUUUCAAUUCAAAGUGACCAACGAUUUCUAAAACUUUUAUAACACCUCUCUAGAAUUGUAUUUUAUUAAAAAAAUUUAAGGUUAAACAGAAUGCUAAUUAGCAACUGAUUUCAAUUUUUAAGAUUGAAAUACGAAAAGUUUAAGGUGAUUCCAAAUCGGAAAUGAGUUUGGCUUGAGAUUGUUCCUGAAGUCUCCUUUUAUAUUCUAAAUAAAAAGUGUGAAACGAAAUUUGGGGUUCAACUGAUAGUAAAUUUUAAAUAGCUUUUGUGCAUUUUUAAAAGGAAAUUGUAUUUUAAUGUCUCGGGAAAUAUUGUACUUAGAGAAAAAUACCACCAAGAACAAUGUUAUUUGUUAACAGCAAACACUUUUUUUGCAUAUAAUUGUUUCUUUAAAUCAAACAAAUUUAAGAGAAAAAUCUGCCCGCAUUGUGCGGGCUCUUACUGCGCGCAGCUCGCUUGGCAAUCACGUAUCUCGUAAAAGUGGACUGUUCUAUAUUAUGUUUAAUACUAUUAUAUUAAAUUUACAUUAUAUUUUUUUAUGUAAUUUGGACUAGUACUGCCUAUUCAGAC